AUGUGGCCUCAAACACCUUUCUUCUUACUGGCGGCCGGAAUUCUGUCUUUAGCUGCCCUUUGGUUGGCUUUUACUGAAUAUUCAGGUAGACAGUCUGGUACUGAUAAGCUGACUUUUUUGGUUCUGUUGAAUUUAUGCAGCUUCUUUCUCUUUACCAAAGGUAUACUACAUGAACGGACUUUAGAACAAAAGUAUGCUUUGUUUGUUGUUGUUUUUGCUAUCUUAUCUUUUUGGUAUCUUUAUUCCCAAAAUGGAAUUACUGUUCUAACUUUUCAAUUACUAGUUUGGCUUUACUCGGCAUACAUAGUAGUGAUUGGUGCUUCAAUUAUCUACUUAAGGAAGAGUCUUCCUUGGCGGAGUUAUAAAAGACUCUUGUCUGGUGAACUUGAUUUAUUUUGUUAUCAUAUUGGUCUAUCUUGUGAAGUUUUGUUUUUUAUUGCCCAGUAUGCUGCUUUUGCUUAUCUGCUAUCAACUAAUCCGAUUGGGAUAAAACUACUUUUGGUUAUCUGGCUAGUUACAGGGCGAGGGUGGCCUAAAAGUGAUGCUCUGCUGGUUUUGACAUCUUUACUUUGUCUAUGUGCCUUUACCUCCCUAUUAGACCGACCGAAUCUUUCGGGUAUUUCCAUCUUUGCUGCUACUUUGACCAAAUCGGUCUUUCUUUACCUCCAUCGGCAGUUUCAAUGGACAGCACUACCAACGGCCCCACCACGAAGAGUAUCUGUUGAGUAA